UUUGGGCCUAGAUGAUACUUUAUCCAGAACGCAUCUUUCAAGCGAAUUGCUUUUUCGGAACGCUGCGUUUUCUAGCGCUUUCGUACAAGUUAACAAGCCACACGGCCUAGAGAGAAGCGACAGAAGAAUUGAAUCAUUGAGGCGGCGGUCUAAUGGCGGAGAAACCCCAACCGGUCCUCGUACUAUACUGUCAAGUGUGUGGUUUACCCGCAGAGUAUUGCGAAUUCGGACCCGAAUUUGACAAAUGCAAGCCCUGGUUGAUCCAAAACGCACCCGACCUUUACCCGGAUCUCCUCAAAGCAGCCAAUGCUAAAGAAGCUGAUAAAGUUGCUGAUCAAUUACAAUCCGCUGGCAUCUCUUCUGUUGAUGCUGCCGCUGCUGCAGGUGGUAGUUCAGAAGCUAAGCAAGAGGAAGUUAAACGUCUUCCUGGGGGGAAGAUUAAAAAGAAAGAGAAGCAAGAAGUUGUCAUUGAAAAGGUUGUGCGUAACAAGCGUAAAUGUAUAACCACUGUAAAAGGCCUGGAACUUUUCGGUGUAAAACUAAGUGAUGCUUCAAAGAAACUUGGAAAGAAGUUUGCUACAGGAGCCUCUGUUGUUAAGGGGCCAAAUGACAAGGAACAGAUUGAUGUCCAAGGAGACAUAUCAUAUGACGUUGUGGAAUUCAUCACAGAAACCUGGCCUAAUGUAAUACUCCUAUCAUUCUCUUUCCCUUAUAAUGCUUUAUGUUGGGGUCAAAUGUGUCUCCAUUUCUUUGUUUUAUAUUCAAUGGUAGGGUUGGCAGGCCAACCCGGAACCAGCGGGUUCCAACCCGACCCCAUGGGGUCGGUUUUUUUUUUUUUUGAAAAUCAGGUUUUGGGUCAAAUCAAGUAUUAUUAAGGAAAAAUCAGGGUUGGGUCGGGUUCGGGUUUUAGGUAAACCCAACCCAACCCGAUUCAAUAUUGUAUAAAAAAUUAUUUUUAAUUAUUUAUUUAUAUAUAUAUAUUUAUAUUUUAAAAUAUAAUAUUUUAUAUUUUAAAAAAUAAUAUUUUAUUAAUUUCGGGUCAGGUCAGGUAGUGUUUAUACAAUGUCGGGUUCGGAUAAAAAAUGAAAAAAAAAUUCAGGUUGGGUUCGGGGCGAGCAAAAACUCGCCUUGACCCGAUCCGUUGCCAACCCUAUUCAAUGGUCAACUUUCUAUAGAGCAGGCUAUUCCUCUUUAUUCUAAGAAGUUCAGCCAAACUAGAAUAAGCAUGCAUCCUGCUUUAUAUCAAAAUAAAAGCAGUCUAUGUAUCGAAAUAAAUAAAUAAAAGCAGUCUAUCUCUCUUUAUAUCAAACCAAAUUGUAUCCUAUAAUGCAGGCUAUCCUU